AUGAGGCAAAAGGGAGAGGCUGCAAGAGAUGGUAAAACUGACAUCAUCACGCAAAGACUUACCAAACUUGCAUCAAAAAACCCAGCAAGAUAUAAAAAAGUAAUAAACAAGAGAGAUGAGGACAACACCACACCUUUACACUAUGCUGUACGAUAUGGACAGGUGGAGGUUGUCAAAGUGUUGGUAGAGCUAGGAGCAGAUAUUAACAUCCCUGGAGAAGAUGGAGCAUCUCCCUUGCAUUACGCUGCAAGAUUCCGAGCAAACUUACAAGUGUCACAAGUGAAUGCUGGUGGCGAAAAUGGAACAGUUCCUGAUGGAGUAGUAGAAAGUAACAUAGGUGUUGUAGCUGCACCUCUGACACAUGCCAUCAGCUCCAGUAGUCUUCUUGUAGAAGUGAACCAAGCUAUGUCACAGGUUUCUUCAGUGGAUGAAUCUCUAAUUCAUUUUUUUGUGAAUGAACGCAAAGGGGAUGUCAAUAUUAAAGAUUCCUAUGGAAGCACCCCUCUUCAUUAUGCAGCAUCAAAAAGCAAUGUAACUGCUAUAAAAGAACUGUUGAAUAGUGAUGGGAUAAAUGUUGAUGCGGCAGAUGCCAGUGGAUCCACACCUCUCCAUUGUGCUGCUACUGAAGGUAAUGUAGAAAUUGUCAAGGCAUUACUGGAAGUAGGAUCUGAUCCGAGGGCAAAGGAUUAUGAGGGAAUGACACCAAUUCAUUUCGCCUGCACUUAUGGGAAUCUAGAGACUGUGGAACUUCUAUUUGAGCAUGCAGAAAGAAAGGGUGAUCUACUUGAGAUGUUAGAGGACAGAAACAAAGAAGGUGAAACAGCACUUCAUUCUGCAGUGGGAGGUGGUCACAUUAAAAUUGUUGAAAUGUGUUUGAAGAAAGGAGCAAAGGUGAAAGCAAGACGGGGUAACCUUGCACAGCCAUUACACAUUGCUGCCAUCAAUGGAUAUGUCAACAUUGCAGAAUUAUUGGUUGCUCAUAGGGCCAAGAUUGAAGCAAGGAAUGCAUACCAUGUGACUCCAUUACACAAAGCUGCUGCCUUUAAUAAGAUUGAGAUGGUGGCUUUUCUUCUUGAAAAGUAA